AUGAACAUUCUCGAGCUUGUCGUAAACCAAACAAGCGCCGACAACACCACCAGAAUCCAAGCGGAGGUCAACUUUAAGCAUGCGGUAGCAGAAGAUCCAAAUGGUGCUUUGUACCAGUUGGUGGAACUGGCCAAAAAUAAUUCGAUUCCCGUGGAUAUAAGACAGCUGUGUCUUUUGCACAUACGAAGAAUUGUUCCCAUGUACUGGUCGCUUGCGUUUGACUCGUUCGUGGGCCCUCCUACUGACCAGAACCUCAAGGAAGCUAUUCGCAACGAUAUGCUCAAACUUGCAACUACUUCUACUGAAUCCAAAUUACGCUCCGGUGCUUCCUACGUGAUAUCACAAAUUGCCGCUACCGACUACCCUGACGAAUGGCCACAAUUGCUCUCAACUUUGUACCAGCAGGUUGUGGAGGGAGAUAAUAUAGCCAUUGCUGGAAGUCUCUUAGUUCUCAAUGAUCUCUUUGACGACUUGAUAACUGAUGAACAAUUUUGGGAAGGGAACGUGGGUUCUCAAAUCGUGUCACAUAUCUCCACACUUUUGACUCGUCCUGAUACGCUGUUGGAUGUGAAAAUCGCCAGUCUUCGACUCUACCUGUCGGUAAUUACUACACUCAAAAGCCCCGAGGCAUUUUCCACUCCUCAACGAAAAAACGGGGUGAAAAGUCUUGUUAAUGAGGCAAUGACCCUAUUCACCAAUUUAUUGUCAUACCCAGUUGAUUUACAAUCCACUCUAACUUCCUCCGGUUACCUCCACACUUAUCUUUACCGUUUAACGGCUGAUGUGGUUUCCUCGUUCUUGCGCAAAAUUUCACCGCAGUUAAUACGAGAUGCUGCUUCGUCACUAUUCAGGGACUUGGAAUCAAUCUCGUCAACUCAUCGCUCCAUGAACCUGUCAAACAUCAACACAGAUAUUAAUUUACUUUCACUAGAGUAUAUUCGUGCUAUAUCAGCCGUACAGGCAGCAGUACCAAUUGGCGAUAUUGUGGGCGAGUCUUUUCCUCAGGUACUUCAAAAUUUGUUGUUGUUUGGUAUCCUCUCCCAGCAAACUGUCGAAGACUAUGUUGCCGACUUUAACCAAUUUGUCACUGAUGUAACAGGCUUUUCCCUGUUAACUUCUACUCGUGAGGUACUUAAUGAACUUUUGUCAGAGCUUAAUAGCAAAGACGCCCAAAAGGCGUUCUCUCUUUUGGUCCAGUCUAUGUCUUUGCCAGCCGCUCCGGAAUUUCGUGAGUGUCAGUUAUUCGCUGUCGAAAGUCUUUGUAUGAACGAUGAAGCAGUGCUUAUUGAUAAUGAGACUUCUCCAGUGUCCAUUUUGAAUUCGAUCUCCCUGCUUGUUCUGUACGGUGACGAGAGCCUGUUGGAAAGUGCCGCGCUUGUCACUAGCAGAUGCUUCUUACUUCUCCCCAAAUUUCUCGAAAAGUUUCAGGAAAAGCUAUCAGUUACCUCUUUUGCGUCUAAAAGCUUUUUGGAAAUGAUGAAAUUUUUUGCCAACUGCCCGCAAAACCUUAUGGAAGAGUUGCCCUUUGCAAUUGUGAAAGGUGCCUCUUUAGUAGCAUUGACCUUUUACAAUCAGCUCAUAAAGUUCGAUACUUUGGAACCCGAACAACGGCUUGCAGCUCACGAGCAAACAACGCUUCUUAUAGCUUCUUUGGUGGAAGAAAGUGAAGAGGAUACGUUGCCCUCGUUACUUGAGGCCCUCACUGUCGCUGUAAAAUUAAACAAGGAAACAGCAUUGAGCCGCCAGAUACAAUUGGAAAAUGGUUCCGUCACCGUAUUGGACCUUCUUUUCAAAAUCUCGUUCAAAGACCCAGGAAAUAUUCAGCUAGCAGUUGACUCGUCGGACUGUUUGGAGACACUCUUGGCCGAUGUUGAUCUCAAUUCAUUUUUGGAAUGCUGUCAAAAGUCCAUUCCGUUCAUUCUUCAGUUUCUUCGCAACAGCAUUGCUCAAGGUGGAGAGUACUCGCCGCAAUUGGAUCUCGCUUUGGAACUUUUGAGUGUAAUUAUCAAAGAAGCACCCACUGAAUCAAGUGGUGGUUUUCCCGCAGAAGUUUUCGAAUACAUCUUCUCGGAUUUGUAUGACUUGUUACUCUUGUCCGUGGACAACCAGAUCAUGCAAAGUGGUGGUCAAGUUCUCGAUUCUUUGCUUCAACGAGCAUCCGAAUCGUUUCUUCAGUAUCAAAAACCAACAGGCGAGUCAGGUAUGGAUUUACUUAUGGCAAUAGUAGCCAAAUUUUUAUCACCGCAAUUAUCCGAUAGCGCGGCCAUGAACUGUGGAACUAUUGUGUUGUCACUAAUCCAAAAGUUCCAGGCAUACUUGGGAAAUGACUUUUUAUCGCAAAUACUUGAUGCCGUUACUCGGCGGUUACUAGUUGCAAGAGAGGUUGUUACCAUUGAAGGUUUAAUUCAGGUCUUCUGCCACCUUGUGUUGUCGUCGCCAAGUGAGAUGGUGGACUAUAUGUACAAUCGGAUCAAGAUCCCGGAAGCUGGCCUGAAAGAAAGGAACGGGCUUGAGCUCGUUAUGCCUAUGUGGUUUCUGUCGUUCGAGAUUACUCGAGGAUAUGAGAAAAUCAAACAAAACGCAUUGGCAUUGGGAAAGAUAUUCAUGUUGGGAGAUCUGCGAAUUGAGAAUUUGAUUGUGGACGGUGAUAUCAUACCGUACGAGGGAGAUAUAAUACGCACUAGAUCUGUGACCAAGGCGAACCCUGACCGUUAUACCCAAAUAUCUGCGUCUCUAAAAAUAUUGAAAUUAUUGGCAGGUGAACUAUCCUUCCAGAACCAACAACCCAAUGCAAACGGCUACUUACCGGAUAACCAAGAUGACGACGAUGAAGAUGGAGACGAUUGGGAGGAUAUGGGAGACCUUGGGGUUCCUAACUAUGCAAAAUUGAAGUCCUAUGUUGAUUCAGAUGACGAAGAUAGCGAUCAUGAGGGCCAGAAUGGAGACGAUUCUUUGAGAGAAAUGCUCAUAUAUUUUUUCCGAGAAUGUACCACUAAAAACUUGGGCCAUUUUGAGAAAUACUACGACCAAUUGGACGAGGACGAGAAGAAAAUCAUUACUGAAAACCUUGUGUUCUAA